AAUGGUGACGUUUACCUUAUCGUGAUGGCGGUAGCCUGGACUAUUUUGAAUUCCGUCCCGCUUUUCGAAGUUUUACGUUCGGUUUAGUCUGUAAAAUGUGUUAUUAUUCCGGAGAGAACACGAGAUAAGUGUGACUCUGUCAUGGACUCCGUCGUGGGAGCCGAUUUGACUCCCGUUGACAUCAACGGAAGCUGCAGACUGCCAGACUCCAUAGAUGCUGGAGAAUAUUCCUCAGAUAGCAUGACAGCUCCAUCCUUCCCUGACAAGAUGUCCCCGAGUAAAGCCCUCGCCAUGAAGGACUAUGAGAAUCAAAUCACAGCUCUGAAGAAAGAUAACUUUAACCUGAAGCUGCGCAUCUACUUCAUGGAGGAGCGCAUGCAACAGAAAUGUGAUGACUCCACUGAGGACAUUUUCAAAACGAAUAUUGAGCUGAAGGUGGAGUUGCAGUCUAUGAAGCGAGACCUAGCAGAGAAACACGAGCUACUCGUGUCCGCAUCAAAAGCGUUGGAGAGUCUGGCUGGCCGUGAAUCAGGAGAACCCCAGCGCGUGAGAGAGCACGCUCAGAGAGAGAUGGCGGCACUUCGAGAUGCAUUCAACAAGAGAAUAGUUGACCUAGAACAGUCUCUGCGAACGGCCGAGGAAGAGGUCGACAAGAUGGCUGCCAUCGCUGAGCAGGAGAAGCUUAAGAAUAUUAACAUGGAGAAGCAGCUGCACGCCCUGGGUCCACCGAGCACCUUUAACCCCGUCCCUGUCCCCAGCCCAGUCCAAGACCUGCAGCAGGCCCUGCAGGAGAAAGACAAUAUCAUUGAGCAGCUCAAGAUCACAUUAAAGAACCAAGAAGCUGUGAUCCAUCAGAAUAAAAGUGCAGAUCAAGAGACGGAUGCACCAUCAGCUGACUGUGUUCAACAGCUGUCUGAUCUCAUUGCCAAGAAAGAUCAGGAACUUCAGGCACUGAGGGACGAGCUACAUAAAGAGAAGGACAGGACAACACCGGACGAUCAGAGUGACGUGAGGCGAGUGGAGUCCUGCAACAAGCAGCUGUCUGAAGAGCUCACACAAGCCAAAAGCACCAAUGAAAACCUAAAUAAAACACUGGAGGAAACCCAGAAUCAAAACAAGACCCCUGGGAAGUUGGAGGAGAAGGAGAAUGAUCUUAACUCUGAGAAGAAAAAUGCUCUGAAGCGAGACAAAACUAUCCAAGGGCUUACUCAGGUCUUCAAAGAAAAGGACAAACAGAUUGCAGAGCUGUGUCGUGAGAUUGAGGACAGGGAUGAUGCUUUGGCCAAGGCUAGAGAGGCAGCGCACAAGGCCCAACUGCAGAAAUACCAGGGCGUAGAGGAGCACCAAACUCUAUUAAUGGCAAAGCAAACAGAGCUCGCACAACUCCAGGGGGAACAUCAUGCCAAAGUGCUUGAAGGCCAAAAGCUACAGCGCGGCCUCGACAGGAAGGAGCAAGAGCUGGCUGACCUGCGGCAGGCGAAGGACCAGCUGGAGGUGGAACUAGAGGACGUGCAGCAGCAGAAGAAGAAAGGAGACAAGGCCCUGAAUGAUCUGAACAAUCAGCUUAAAAAGCUGAGCGGUGAGGUCGGAGACAGAGAAAGUGCUCUCGAGCAGCAGUACCAGGAGCUGCUGGAUCAGACCAAAAGAAAGGUGCAGACCCAUGAGGUCACCAUCCAGCGGCUCACAUCCACUCUGUCCGAUAAAGAGCAGCAGCUACAGGAGUACAUAAACAUGGUCAGAGACUUUGAGCAGAGCAAAAGUCCAGGAGGAAACGACAGUGUGCUUUCCAAGCUGCGGCACAGGCUGAAAGAAAAGGAGAAGGCUCUGGAGGACGCGCUGGACGAGAAGUUUGCUGCCAUCGAGGAGAAAGACAAUGAGAUUCACCAGCUGCAGCUGUCUCUCAGAGAGAAAGAGAGGGACCUGGAUAGGCUCAAUAACUUGCUCUCUCACAACGAGGAAACCAUCAAUAGUUUUGACAGUCUGAUUAAGGAGAAGGAUGUGGAGCUGCAGCAUCUUGCAAACACACUAAAGAACCUGCAGAGAGCAAAGCAAGAUGUAGAAGACAACUUGAACAGAUCACUGAGGGAGAAGGACUCCAUCAUUAGCCAGCUACAGCUCUCCUUGGAGGGCAAGACUAAGGAUAUGGAGGAAAUGUCCGAAUCAACGCUGAGCCAGUCGCAGAGUCACACUCGUGACCUUGCGGAACAGAUGGGCCAGAGGUUAAAGGUCACAGAGGCUAUGCUGGCCGAGACUGUGAAAGCCAGAGAAAGGCUGGUUGCUGACAAUGAGAGUGCUGUGGAAGGACUGUUGGCCACAAUCAGCAGCAAGGACCAGCUCAUCAAGGAGUCUGCAGAGCACUACAACCGCAUGCUGUCGGAGCGCACUCAGGAGAUUCAGCAACUGAGGAAGCAGCUGUCUGACAGGCAGCAGGAGCUUGCCGCUGCUGAGAAGCAGAGCUCCACAACAGCCCAGGAGGGCUAUUUGGAGACGGCAGAGCUCCGAGCCCUGCUUGCAGAGAAAGACGGCAUCAUCAAUAAGCUUCUGCAGCGGGGUCAGGAGAGGGACCAGUUACUGGCAGAGGUGAGGCAGAAAGAGGAGCCCGAUCACACCCUGGAGCUCAGACAGACGAUCCAAAUCAUGCAGGAGAAGUUGGACGAGAAGGAAGAUGUGCUGUCCAGGAAGAGCAGUGAGGAUAAUAUGGAGAAUAUUCUGCCCUCCAAAAAGACAGUUGUCGUCUUGAAAAAGGAGCUAGCACAGAAAACCGAGGCACUGAAUAAAGCACUGAAGAGGGAGAAUGAACUGAAGAUUUCUUUGGCAGAGCUACAGUCAUUGCUUUCCGAACUGGAGGGUCGCAGUGAAGGUCAAGCUGCUAAUAUUGAGUCUCUGACUUCCACCCUGAAGACCAAAGAUGAGAUUAUCGAUGUUCUUCACGAGCGCCUCCGUCAGAGAGGGGACAGUCAGGCCGAUCAUACCCAGGAUCAGGUCAUUGGCUCUGGCAUGGAGAGAUCACUCCCAGCUCUCCCUCAGAGAGAGAGAACCAUGAUCGGUGGCGACAGCCAGCAAGAAGCUUUGUCAAACCUUGUAGCUUUGCAACAGGAACAUGAUGCUCUGAACAAAGCACUGAGAGCUGAACAGCAGCUCUACUCCAGCCUGGUCCGGACUGUAAAGGAGCAGGACAGCGCCCAGCGUCUCCACGCUCUGCAGCUGGAGCUGACGGCGGUGCAGCUUCUCAGGCAGCAGCUCGAGGAGAGCAUCAAAACUAAUGAGGAGCUCCGGGACGACUUGGAGAGAGAGAUGCACAGAGCCAAACUCAGAGAAGGUAUGGACCUGAUUAAUCCUAAAGAACUGCAGAGCAUGAGGCAUCAGCUUGAAGAUGCGCAGCGCUGGAACGCCUCUCUGCAGGCUCGCCUUGGAGCCAUUCAGAACCGUGGAGGAGGGGUGGGUGGAGCUAAUGAUGGCGGUGACACUUUGAGUUUCAUCGGGGAUCAGACGUCCUACAUGAGCAUCUGUGUAGGGGAGGGCCGGGAUGACAGCUUGGCUCUACUUUCUGCACAGCAGCUCAGGCAGAAGGUGCUGGAGCUGCAGGAGUGUGUCAGCAGACUGCAGACUGUCAACAACGAGCUGCAGGACCGGCUAUCGCUAUUGGAGAGGUCAGACGCUUAUGACGACGAAGACGAAGACGAAGACGUGGCCCGCAGCAGCCCCUUGAAACAGCAGCUUGAGAAAACGCAGGAGAUGCAGCCUGUGACUCACAGCAACGGGACGAGUCACUCUUGUCAGGAUGAAGAAACUCAGACAGACAUCAAACUAGGACAGAUGGUAUCUGGGAAGCUUUCGGGUGAUAUAAGUAUGGACAGUGGUCUUGGCCAGAGUAGAGAGCAUGCUCAGUCUGGCAACAACACCUUGGACACGGGAGAGAGCGGUUCUCGGCAGAGGAACGCGGAUGCAACGGCACUUAAAUCCCUGCUCACUCAUUGUGGGGCCACAUCAGUCCUGCACCUGAGAGAGGAAUUGCUCCGACUUAGAUCAGAAAAUGUGGAGCUGCGAGGUCUCCUGAAAGAACAAAAAUCGACCGAAUGUAAAGAGAAAGAGAGCACGGACGCCUCGGGAAACAGCAGCGAUGGACAGGCGGAAUUGAAAAGGAGUGUUGAAACACUGCAGGCCGAGUUAAAAGGUCAGUCUAAGGUCAUCGACCUGUUGAAAGAGAAGAGAGAGAAGAACUCUGUGGAGGUGUCCGACGGGGAGGUCCCUGUCACCGCUGAGCUAAUGGUCAACGCCACAGAGUGGAUGAAGAGUCCGACUAAAGGCCAGUCGAGCAGCAAGUGUACAAAGCAGCACGGGGAUGGUGCCAAAUCUCGCCUCCCAGUCCCUGUGAGGCUGAGGGUGGAGGCUAGCAGCAGCAGGCAGUCUGACCUUCUCAAAACCGAUGCACUUCAGCCCCUUCAUUUGGAUGCUGUAUGCAGGUCAGACCAGCAACUGCAUGAAGACUCCACCUCGCCGCCCCAGCACAGCACUUCCCCCUUUUCCAUGCUCCCAUAUGCACAUCGUACCGGCAGUCCAGUGGGGUCGGACAAGGGCUCUGAAGCCGGAACAACACCGGAUCACACUCAGGCCAACUCUGCCCUUUUCCUUCAGCUGGAGCUUCUCCACCAGGACUGUCAGGAGAAAGAGGCCGUGAUCAAUAAACUAAGUGAGCAGCUAGCCGAUUGGGAAGAGCUCCACGCUCGGCUCCAGGAAAAAGACCGUCUCAAUCGCCAGUACGUAGAGGCCUUACAGGCUGCGGAAUCCACCAUCGCUUACUUGACUGCCUGCAGUCUGGACAGCCAGGGGCGAUUUGGGUCGCACACCAGUCCGUGUACAGGUUCUGCCUUAGCGGGUUCCGAUUCUGCCAUUUACAGCAGAUGCACGGAGCUGCAAAAAGCCCUACAGGAGAAGGAGGAGCUCAACAACCAGCUGAUAGAGCUUCUGCACAUGACGGAGACGGCAAUCGGCCAAGGAAGAAUUCCAGGAUUCAGUGAUCUAUGUUUGAAGAUAGAAACGGCCUUGCAGCAGGUGAACGCAUCUUCAAAUAGACCGAGCCCCAGAGGUGGCUUUGGAGAGGACUCUAUGCAGGAGUUGCAACGACACGCAGAUUCUUUGCAGGGGGCUCUGUGGCAGCAGAAUAUGCUUAAUGCAGAGCUGCAGGGAAAACUGAGGGCUGCAGACGCUGCCGCUCGACACGGCUACAACGAUGACCCGGGUGGUUCGUGUUCCAGGCAGAUGGCAGCAGAAUCCCUUAAAGAAAGGGAAUCGAAGGAACAUCAAAGGGAAAUGGGUAGUUGCAAUAAUGUCAAUUUAAAUCAGGAGAUGGCCGUAGUUCUGAUGCACUGCCUUGGUGCAGCAGAGUCUGCUGUUGCCUCUCUGGCAGCACACUGUGCAAAUGCCAGCUCCUCGGCUUCUGGUAGAUCAUCACAGACCAGUUCUGAGUUCCUGAUGAAUUUAGACAAACUUCAGAGCCUGCAAGAGAGGCAGGAGUCGGGAGAACCCGCCAAAUCUAGCAGCAGUCAGUGCGCUGCUUCAUCUGGAACAGACGGACGACUUCACCAAGAGCUCCAUAGCAACCUCUGCCGCCUCUUCGAGGUCUUUGGCGAUCACCAUCAGAGGGUCUCCGAUCUCCAGGCUUCCGUACAAGAAGAGAAGGGCCGCAGAGAGGAGAGCGAGGUCCACAGGACAGUGCUGGACGCCAACGGAUUACCACCGAGUGUCCAGGUUGAGCUGGAGACCCUCCACAAGGCAUUGAGGGAGAAGAGGAAAGCGUGUAAAAGCCUGGAGGAGAAACUGGCCACUGCUCUCAUCCCGGAAACCGCACGGAAAGCUCUGGAGCGGGAUGACAAAGGCGUGCAGGUGGAUUUUCAGGACCUGGGUUACGAAACCAGUGGCAAGAGUGAGAACGAUAGGGAAGAGAGCAGUAGCACAGAUCUAGAGGUUGGCGUGAACCCUAGUCGCGGUGCUUCUAGCCUGCCUUUCCAACGCGAGCAGGCCACCUUCUCCUCUACUGAAAACCUGGACUCCACUUCCAGCACCCCGUACCCGAGUUCCCCAGCUCUCAGCUCAGCCAAGGUCAGUCUGAAAAGCCUGCAGGUCUAUGACGAGUACGGCGUUUCUAAGGACCCUCUGCAGCUUCAGGGAGAAGUCCGAGAGCUGAAGGUGCAGCUGGAAAACCAGACCAAACUCAUCCUCCAGAUGCAAAGUCUUCUGCGUAGGAGCUCUCUCUCCAGUGACCUCGUUGCCAACGCCUCCGAUCCCUCAACCGUCAAGGGUCAGGAAGGGACGCGGCGGGAGGAUCACACCCAAGAUGGGAGCUACGGAAGUGGGCAGCUGAGGGAGAAAAAGGAGGGCGAGCACCAGGCUGCUAAAACGAGCUCUCUGACUCUGGAACUGGAAAGAGAAAUCACACUGAACAGAAGCAUGAGUGAACAAACCCGCAGCCGCUCCGUCUCACCUGCAAGACUGGACUCCUUGGUGCAGUCGCAGGCCAGGGAGCUGUCGCAACUGAGGCAGCAGAUCAAGGGCCGCCGGCUCGGAGCCCUGCAGCGCCGGCAGCUGGAAGAGCUGAGCAAGGCCUUUAAGGAGCUGCUGCAGGCCGGCGAAGUCGACUACUACAUGGGAGAGGCGGUGAGAGAGCAGCUGGACAAGAGCCUGAGCAUUCUGGACCGGCUCGAAGGACGGCUGGACAAAGGAGAGUCUCGGCUGGUUAAUGAGGACGUGGUGGCCCUGGAUCUGUCUCGGAGGUUGACCAAAGAGCUGCAGGAGAAGAACCGUCUGAUCCAGAGCCUGCAGAGUCCGUUCAGAGGCAAAGGGCCCAGCAGCCAACACAGCUCCCACUCAGACCUGUACCCUUCAGACGGGACCGCCUCCUCCUGCCGAAGCAGCCCGACCAGCGGAGAUCAAGCCGACGGCCAGCGACGCCCUUCUGAUUGGACGGGAGCGGAUGUCCCUCCUGUAGGAGGAGCUCAAGAGGACGGUGUGUCCGGUCCCGCUGCCAGCAGACUGCAGGACCUGCAGCGGGAGAACGGGCGUCUUCAGGACCAGCUGAUGGGCAGCGAGGAUCUCAACGCCACCCUGCGAAGUGAACUGGACCUGCAUCGCUCAAUUAUGGCCCAGAGCAGCUCCCACCAUCAGGAGCAGGAUCACGGCCAGGACCGGGACCUGGACGGAUCAGGUCCUCGGACUCCGUCUCAAAGAUGUGACGGAGACAUCGGCUCACAGAAGAAUGCUGCCGAACAGCCUCGCACUAUGAACUCAGACUUGCUGGCAGAACAUCUGCAGGAGAUCCGCGUGCUGCGACAGCGCCUGGAAGAGAGCAUCCAAACCAACGACCGGCUCAGGCAGCAGCUGGAGAAGAGACUCGCAGAGGUGGAGAAGGAUCCAGCAGCCACCAACAUCUUCAUCCAUGGCAACGAGGAGCAGGGUCAGCUGGCCAAUGAGGUGCGAUUCCUCUGGGGACAAAACCAGGUCCUGAAGGACCAGCUCAGCCUGAUGUCUAAAGACAAGCAGAAGGAGCGCGAGAAGCUGCGGGAGGCUCUGGCCAGGCGGACGGCCAAACUGGAGCAGAGCAGGAGGGGUGAAGCCACGACGCAAGAAAACCACCAACUGCACGAGAGGCUGGAGCACAGCGGCCAAGAGAACUCCCAGCUGCAGCAGUCUGUGCACAGGUUGCAGUGUGACGUGAAGCUGCAGAUGCAGCAGCUGUCUGACUCGCAGCAUCUUCUGCAGUCACUGCGGGUGGAGCUACAAGUUUAUGAGAAGAUCAAGACUGAAGCUCACAAACAAAACGCAGAAGGCAGCGAGGCGACCCGGGAGCCGUUCUCCGGCACCGUGGACCUGAGUGAGCUGCUGUUGGAGAUCAGACACCUGAGGCUGCAGCUGGAGCGGAGCAUCCAGACCAACACGGCACUGCGACAGAGACUGGAGGAGCAGCUGCUCAGAGGACCCAACCGCUCUGACACCAUCAACAUCAACUACCUGCUGUCCUCUUCAGAUGAAGGAGGCCGGUCACCGGGUCGCGAAGGCUGCGAUGCUCUCCGUCACUCGUUUCAGAGUCGCGACGAACACACCGGUGUCCUCCCCGAUGAGAAAUGUCGCGCUCCCUCGGAGGUGGUCGGCGGCUCGUUCAGCAGCAGCUCCGGCGACAGCGUCAACAGCGCCCCCUCUCGCCUGGUCGGGCCACGGAUGUGGGCCAAUCGCAACGGGCGCCAUAUUCUGGGUCUGAUCGAGGACUACAACGCCCUCCGCAGGCAGAUCUCGGAGGGACGUAAACUGUCGCGCUGCAUGGACACACAACUGCAGGACAGUCUGCACCACGCUCAAACAGCAGCCCUCAGGACAACACGGUACAGAUCACAAUCAAAAAAGGUUGUCAGCGAAACAAAUCAAAUGGGACACGCGUCAAGUCAUUAUUGUUAACGGCAUCAUGCGGUCCAUCUCUGUACGGAACAGCAGCAUCUGAAGAGUCUGUCGGGCAGCGUGGACGCCAUGCAGCACGCGUUGGAAGAGGCCGGUCGGAUGCUCAAACUGGUGUGGAGAGUCUCUUUGCCAGCUGGUCACACGGCGGGGGGCGGAGGCAACAACAGCAGGAUGAGCUGCUGAAGAAUCGAGAUCGCCAGACUAAAGAGCCGGCUGUCGCAGCAGGAGAGGAUGCUGAGUGGAGCCGUUAAACGCCUCCGGACCACCAACCAGCUCAAGGAGGGGAUGGAAAAAGUCAUCAUUGAUCAGCUGUAUCUAACCCACGGAGUGUUGAAGAAAGCCAGAGGCAACUUAGAGGAGGUUCCCGUCAAUGGCCAGUAGGGGACCCGGCGGAGCAGAUACGCUCCCGAAUCCUCCGAGGAGCACAAAAGCGACGCCUCUUUACACUCCAGCUACUAAACUGCUUAAUUUGAUAAUGUCGCUACCUUAAUGUUCAUCGGGCCUUUUUCCCGUCCUGCUGUAAAACCGUCACCUUACUCUUCGAUAGCGAAGCCUUUUUGUACUACUGCAUUAGAGUCAGAUUUACUUUUAGGUACUGAAGUUGUAAAAGUUCCUUUCUUUUAAAAGAAAAUGCCUUUUUGUAAAUAGUAAUUACUGCAAUUGAAAUAUUUUGCUUUUAUUGUUUUUAUAUUAUGCAUCUAAGAACAUGCAAGUGUAUAUUUUUAUUACAGACGUAUUGUUUUUACCUGGUUUUCAUCGGUCAGUUUAUGUAUUCGAUGGUUCUGGACUUCUGUGUGUUCAGUGAAUUAUGUGCAAAUGCAGUAAAGAGAAGAAUUUAAUGAUGAAAACACAAUUGUACAUUUAUUAGCAUAUACAUUUACAGACAAGAUUGUUUGCUACAUUUGGGCAUUAAAACAUGAUUAUAUUUGAAA